UCCCGCUUCCUCAUUUGGCUUCUCGGACGUUGGGGAAGUGGUUUGGCGACGUCCGCAUGUAGUUGCAAAAUAGAGGGUGCGCUGCGAGAUGAGAACUCGGGUGACCAGCCGUGAGGGGUGCGCUUGCGCCCGGGAGGAGCAGCGGGAAGUGCCUCUGAUUCCCGCCCUUCAACAUCAGUGAACGCGAUAGGGCUAGCCUUCCUUCGGGGGAAGGCCGGCAGGGAGAAAUCCUGACCCCGCGGGCUCCGGGGAGCGGUUGGAGCCGAACGCUGGUCUGGAGCAGGUGCUCGGUGCGGGCCCUCGUAUGCGAACCAUGAGACUUGCCCACCCGGCGGUGGGCAGGGAAAGCUCGUUUAUAAAGUUGGCGACAGACGUGCCUGAAAGCGCGGGCAGUGGGCCUGAGGCCAGACCACGAGCUCUGGAGCCCGAAAGACCACGCUGAGCCUUCAUAGUGCUCUGCACUCUCCUGAAAGCUAAGGAAAAUGAACACAUCUCAGGCAUCAGUGUCAUUCAAGGACGUGACUGUGGAAUUUACCUGGGAGGAGUGGCAGCAGAUGGGCCCUGUUCAGAGGAACUUGUACAGAGAUGUGAUGCUGGAGAACUAUAGCCACCUUGUCUCAGUGGGGUACUGCUUUACAAAACCAGAACUGAUCUUCACAUUGGAACAAGGAGAAGAUGCAUGGUUAUUAGACAAAGGCAAAGAAUUUCUAAGCAGGAGCUCCCUAGAAGACUCCCAACCUGAUGAAAUCUCAGAGAAGAGCCCAGAAAAGUACAAUAAACAUUUGUGGCAAGUUUUAUUCACCAACAAAUCAUUGACUACAAACCCAGAAAUUUCAGAAAAACCAUGUAAUAUGAACAUAACCUUUUUUCCUGCACAAAUGAUGCCAUGUAAAUGUGACACUGCAGGGCCUACUUACCUGGGUCUCAGUCUCUUGGCCCCACAUUGUCAGUAUUCAAAAAAGAAGGCUCAUGAGGAUAAUGUUUGUGAGAAAUGGCUCCUCAGUAUUAAAGAUGGCAGAAGUAAUAUUCAAGAGAAAUAUGGUAUUUAUAGUAAAAAAGCAAAAGCCCUCAGUCAUAAGGAGGAAGUUACUCAGCAUCAGACAAUUCAGACUUUGGGGCAAGCUUUUGAACAUAGUGAAAGUAAAAAAGCUUUCCUUGACAAGGCUACCCUUCUUACCUCUAAGAGUGCCCACCAAAAAGUAAAAUCUUAUAAAACCAAUAAAUUUGAGGAAAACCGAUGUGAUAAAUCUACUUUUAUUGUGUCUCAGAGCAUUCGUCCAAAGGAGAAGUGUCAUUACAAGUUUAAUGAAAACUUAAGAGAUUAUUUCCCAAACAUCACUGAAGAAACUGACACAGAAGGGAAAUCUUUUAGCUCAAAUGCACAUGUUAGAGAAUAUCAGCGAGUUCAUAUAGGGGUGAAACCUUUUGAAUAUGGAAAACAUUUCAACCAAAAUUCAGUCCUCCUAGUGCAUCAAAGUACUCCCACAACAGACAAAUCCUCUGACGGUAACACAUAUGCAGAGACAGUCAGCUAUCAGUCAACUUUCAGUGUACAUCACAGAAUUCACAUAAAAGCAAAACCCUCUAAGUAUCAUGAAUGUGGAAAAUCCUGCUCUAUGAAUUCAUGCUUGAGUCAGCCUCAGAAAAUUUACACAGGGGAGAAGCCCUAUGAAUGUCAUGAAUGUGGGAAAGCUUUCAGCGAGAAAUCACGUCUAAGAAAACAUCAGAGAACUCACACAGGAGAAAAACCAUAUAAAUGUGAUGGAUGUGAGAAAGCUUUCAGUGCAAAGUCAGGACUGAGGAUACAUCAGAGAACCCACACAGGGGAGAAACCCUUUGAAUGUAAAGAAUGUGGAAAAUCUUUCAAUUAUAAGUCAAUCCUCAUAGUGCAUCAAAGAACUCACACAGGGGAAAAACCUUUUGAAUGUAAUGAAUGUGGCAAAUCCUUCAGCCAUAUGUCAGGGCUAAGGAAUCAUCACAGAACUCACACUGGAGAAAGACCUUAUAAAUGUGGUGAAUGUGGGAAAGCUUUCAAACUGAAGUCAGGCCUAAGAAAACAUCAUAGAACACAUACAGGGGAGAAGCCCUACAAAUGCAAUCAGUGUGGAAAAGCUUUUGGUCAGAAGUCACAACUCAGAGGACACCAUAGAAUUCACACAGGGGAAAAACCCUAUAAGUGUAAUCAUUGUGGGGAAUCUUUCAGUCAGAAAUCAAAUCUCAGAGUACAUCACAGAACUCAUACUGGGGAGAAACCCUUUAAGUGUGAUGAGUGUGGAAAAACAUUCAGGCAGAAAUCAAAUCUCAGAGGGCAUCAAAGAACUCACACAGGGGAGAAACCCUAUGAAUGUAAUGAAUGUGGAAAAGCUUUCAGUGAGAAGUCAGUCUUAAGAAAACAUCAGCGAACUCACACAGGGGAGAAGCCCUAUAAUUGUAAUCAGUGUGGGGAAGCAUUCAGUCAGAAAUCAAACCUCAGAGUACAUCAGAGAACACACACACGGGAAAAACCCUAUAAAUGUGAUAAAUGUGGGAAGACUUUCAGUCAGAAAUCAAGCCUUAGAGAACAUCAGAAAGCCCACCCAGGAGAUUAAACAUAUGCAUGUGAUGAAUGUGCGAAAACUCUUACUGGAAAAUCAAUCAUCAUAAUAUGUAAAAAAAAAACACAGGAGAGAAUAUGAAUGUAGUGAAUAUUGGAAUUUCUUCUGUAUAAUAUAAACCUUUGGAAAAUAUAAAAGAACAUAGGGAGACAUACUUGAAUAUUUUAUGAGGGCAGACUUUCAGCUACAGUGAAAUCCUCACUGGAUAUCAGAGAAAUCUCCCAGCAAAGAAACCCAUAAAGAUUAUAAAUAUGGGAAAUGCUCUGUGAACUCAAUCCUUAGAAAACUCAUGCUACAUGCUAUAGAAAAAUCUCUGAAAAAUAAAUAAAAAUGUGAAAAUUUUGUGCCAGCAAUCAGAACUCAUUCAUCAUCAGAGAUCUCACACAAUGAGAAAGUUUAGCCAAAAGCCUACUAUGUCCCUGUAGCAGAAAAUAUAUAAGAGAAUGAAGACUUCAUGACAUAUCAAAGUAGAGAAAAAUGAGGGUAAUGGAUGUGGAAAUCCUCAUACCAUAAGUCAACCUUAAGUUUGACUUACAUGAAAGUAAUUACCACGUCAUAUAAUGAUUAUUAAAAUGUUCAUCAAUAAACAUAUCCACUUCUUCCUCAUUUCAUGCUUAGUAUAGAUUUCUCAACUAACUUGUUGUCCAAAUAGGGUCAUAUUGUUAACCUCUAGUUAGUGGUAUUUGUGGGGAGGGAAGGCCAAUGACAGACAAGUCUCAGUAAAUACAUCACUCAAAUUAUCAAUAUUUUCUUCUAUCUUUCAUGAGAAUGAAUGGAGGGGAAUGUCAGGGUUCAGGCACUAGUGAUGGAAAAGUACAAGAUAGUAGGAACCAAAGUCGAAGAAUGGCUCUGUAGAAUGAAGUUUUCUUCUCCAUGUACACAGUUGGAGUUUUUGCAGUGAGGAAAGAAACUUGUUCUCUGCUAAGCUUCUAAAGAUUUGAAUUAUACUUAAUAGUGACAUAAACUCACCAACAUCACUUAAGAAAACCUACGUAUGCGAUCUUUCAGGACAUCUGCUUAUCAGGAAUGUCACAAAGGAGAAACUUCUGACAGCAUUCGGUAUGACCAUAGCUUUUAUCCACAUCUCUUCCUCACCAUUCAGAUUAAUAUCAGAGAAAGAAAUAUAACAUUGCAAUACACAUAGGAAAUCCUCCACAAAAAAAAUUCUGUGAAGUAUCUGAGAAUUGAGUUUUGAAUAUGUGAAAGUUUUCAACAAAGUAUUCCACAGUAUUAUCAGAGUUUGUUAUAA